AAUUUGAGUUAUAAAUGAAAUUUCUGUGAAAUCUGUACCGAGAAAAUGGCAAACAAUUUCUGUUGUCACCAUCUCUCCCACAAACUCCGAUCUUCCAUUUCCUCUCUCCGCAACCUCCCACUCCCUUCUUCUCCAUUCACAAGAGGGACAUUGAAAUUCCCAAUUAGCCCUUCUCGACGCACACAUACGCUAUCAGCAGCCAUUCACAUUCAAAGCGGUCGCUUCACUUGGGACGACGUCUUCAACCUCGCUGAACCCCAACAAAAUAAAUCUUCUUAUCUCGACGGCUAUUUCGAAAAAGUCAAACUCUGCAAUCGAAACUCUGAGAAGCAGUGUGAGUUUAUCCCUUUUGUACUCGAGAAACGAAUUGUGGGUUAUGUUCAUAAUAGAUUUGCUGACAAUUUGAGGAGGUUUGAUGAUUUGAUUAUUCUCCCAGAUGACACUAGUUAUGGUGGAAAAUUUGGCCGCUACAUCACAUUACAUCCGAGGAUAAGGACAAUCGAAGAUAGAACUAGUGCUCUUGAAUAUGUAAUCAAGUCCUUGGGCGAAGAACUCGUUCCAGGUAUACGAAACGAGCUAUAUCCUGUCAAAUCUUCUUUUGGGGUGCCAGAAUAUUUUUCGCUGGAACGUGCAGCUGCACCAUAUUUUGGAAUAAAGGUUUAUGGAGUUCAAAUGAAUGGCUAUGUUGAAAGAGAUGGGCAGAAGUAUCUAUGGAUAGGGAAGAGAAGUGAAGUAAAACCCACCUACCCUGGGAUGCUUGAUAAUCUAGUUGCUGGAGGGCUGCCGCAUGGGAUCUCUUGUGGAGAGAAUCUUGUGAAGGAAUGCGAAGAGGAAGCGGGGAUACCUAGAUCGAUAUCUAGUGGGGCUACAGCAGUUGGAGCUGUUUCCUACAUGGAUAUUGACGGAUAUAGAUUCAAGAGAGAUGUUCUCUUUUGUUACGAUCUAAAGCUUCCAGAAGGCUUUAUCCCAAAGAAUGAGGAUGGAGAGGUGGAGAGCUUUAAACUAGUUCCCGUGACAAAUGUUGCAAAAAUAGUAAGGAGGACACAGUUUUUCAAAGCAAAUUGCAAUCUUGUCAUUAUCGAUUUCCUAUUUCGCCAUGGGUAUAUUAAGCCUGAAGAUUUAGGAUAUUUGGAGCUACUACAGAGUCUAAGAAGUGGAGAUUGCUCCUGAAUCUGAAUUUUAUUCAUUUGAAAAGCUUGAGACACGGUGCUGAUCAGGUACAUGCUGGAGUUUUCGCAAGAAAGAAAUAUCAGAAAUGAGAUGAACGUGCUAAAUUAUUUGUUCCUCCAAACCAGAUCGUGUAAUCGUCAUGGAAAGUAAAGAUCAGUUUCAAUACUUUUUUCCUUAAUUCUUCGAUUUUUCAUUUUUUUUUUAUUGGUUUAGGAAUCUUACUCUGUAUCUCCUUGGCAGCAAUUCUCCCCUUGGCAUUAAUUUGGGCUAUCUUCGCUCUAGUUUCCUGUUA